AAGCUCGUUCGUAUAUAAGCUUCAAUUGUGUCGUCCGUUAACUUGUCCAUUUCUUCUUCUUUCUUGUUCUACACUAGAAAACGUAAAAGAAACUCGUUCUUUCUUUUCUCCUCUUCGAUAUGUCAGAGCCAAUCAAAAACAUAGUUCUGGUAGGCCGUACUGGUAAUGGAAAAAGCAGCACAGGGAACACCCUUCUUGGUACAAAGCAGUUCAAAUCUAAAAACCAGGCAAAAGGCGUUACCAUGAUAUGUGAAAUGUACAGAGCUGCAAUACAAGAUGGUCCAAUAAUCAAUGUCAUUGACACUCCUGGUUUGUGCGACUCGUUCGUGCCCGGAGACGACAUAAGUAACGAAAUAAUCAAUUGCUUAACAAUGGCGGAAGAAGGUAUACAUGCUGUGUUGCUUGUUCUAUCUGCUAGGGGUCGCAUUUCAAAGGAGGAGGAGUCUACAGUUAAUACCUUGCAGUGCAUAUUCGGCAGCCAAAUUCUUGACUAUUGCAUUGUUGUGUUCACUGGCGGUGACGAUUUGGAAGAAGACGAUCAGACAUUAGACGAUUAUUUCAGAGCUGGUUGCCCUGAAUUCUUGACGAAAGUUCUCAGACUCUGUGGUGGACGGAAGGUGCUAUUUGAUAACAAAAGUAAAGAUGAAAAGAAGAAGGUUGAGCAAGUUAAGCAGCUUCUAGCCCGUGUGGAAAAUGUAGGAGAGCAAACUGGUGGAAUACCGUAUACUUAUCAGUUGCACCGUAAGAUAAAGGAAGAAAAUGAUGAAAGGCUAAGGGAAGAAGAAAGGGUGAUUGAAUCUAAAAACCGUGCUGAAGCAGAACUAGCAGAGAUGCAACAGAAUUUACUAAUGGAAAAGGAGAAGUUACAAAUGGAGGAGGCGAAAAACAAACAGUUGAUUGCACAAGCGGAAGCAAAUGAAAAGCUUAUGGAACAAGAAAGGGCCAAAAACCGUGCUGAAACCGAACUAGCUGCAGUAAUGGUGGAGAAGUUACAAAUGGAAGAGGAGAAAAACAAGCAGUUGAUUGCACAGGCGGAAGAGGAGAAAAGGCUCAAGGAACAUCAAACGAAUGAGCUUAAGAAGAAUCGCAUGAUCUGCGCAAGGGAUCUUAACAUCGAAUGGUCUCAUAGCGAAGAGCAUUGGAAAUGGGUAAAUCUGGAUCACAACAUAUCAAGGUAAGGAUUUAUAUAUAUUUCCUACAAACAGUUAUAAUGGGACAAGUGGUGGGACCGUGUUAUUGUCUGAUCUUGUUUAACCGAUCCAAACCAAACCGUACCGAAAAAUCUGAAUCAAACGAACACAUGAUAUGCUUUCAUCAUCCCUUUAGGCAGAAAGAAAUGCUUCAAUUUACAAAUACAUGAUCAAAUAUAACUUUUAAAAACAAAUAACUUCAUAGAAAAGAGUUAAGUUGGCUUAUGGCCGAAUCAUGUAUGUCUCAAAAAGCCAUGUAGUUAACCCUCACUUAAAUAAGACUUGUUGAUUUUACCAGCAAUACAUUCGUCGAAGUUGCUGAGCUUCUAGGAGUUUAUUGGUUUGACGUAAGUGGAAGUUUGGACACGACGGAAAUGGCACCAUGGACACAUUACGAGGUUCUGUUCGUUGUUAAUUUAAAAGACUCAGCUUUUAAAUGGAAUGCAGCGGUGAAAAUGAACCUGUUUUACAUCAACAGUAGGCCAGGAGGUCCAGGAACGCAAGAGCGAGCUGUUGACAUGAGGCAGCAUAUUGGGAAAGGAUGGGUAACUAUACACGCCGGUGAAUUCAUUACGACACCGGAGAAUGUCGGACUGAUUGGGUUCCGCAUGUCUGAGGUCGACUCCGGCGAUAACAGGGGAGGGCUCAUUGUCAAAGGUGUUUUAAUUCGUCCUAUAAACUAAUGCAUGUAUCAGUAAUUCAGUAUAGUGUAUGUCUGACUUCUAUCAUUCUUAGCUGAUGCAUGCAUGCUUCGUUGUUUAUCAGUUGAUCACUUAUUCAAUAAUAACGUGAAACAUAAAUAAUCGCAUCUAAAUUUCGUGGUAACGAUUACUU